GUCCGGCCAUCAGCCUGGGAUGACAAACGACAUUCAGUUAUCAGUUGGGGUCGCUAUGCCAUCUUGUAUCAUGUGCGGCCUGAGGUCAGGCCAUCAGUCUGGGAUGACAAAAGACAUUCAGUUAUCAAUUGGGGUCGCUAUGCCAUCUUGUAUCAUGUGCGGCCUGAGCUCAAGCCAUCAGCCUGGGAUGACAAAAGACAUUCAGUUAUCAGUUGGGGUCGCUAUGCCAUCUUGUAUCAUGUGCGGGCUAAGGUCAAGCCAUCAGUCUGA